AUGAAGCCUCCGUACAUCUACCGUCCUUUAGCUACCGGCCACAUUCGGCUGUUUGGCCUCAACGUCCCGCCCGAUUGCCCACUUAACACUCUUCAGACGUUCGAGCUCAGUGAGGCGCCGGCCUACUACGCUCUCAGCUACACCUGGGGCUCGCGCAAACGGACUAGGCCGCUCGAGGUGGACGGCUGGGUGCUGUCCGUAGGACUGAAUCUGUAUGCUGCCAUUCGGCGACUACGAGGCUCGUCGUUUGAAGAGGAUUCCGCACCGGUCAAGUGGCUGUGGAUAGACAAGAUAUGCAUCAAUCAAGACGAUAUGUCGGAGCGUUCUACCCAAAUACAGAACGUCGAUACGAUAUCGAAUAUUCGGCGAUCCCGCAGCCACUGGCGUCUAGACGCGUUAUCCAUUGCAACAUCUAUCAAGUGUCACGCCACUGACCAGAGGGACAAGGUCUACGGCUUACUCGGUUUGGCCGCCGAGAAUCAGGAUUUAUCGCGCGUUCCUGACGCAUUGCGUGCCGACUACGGCCUAACCAUUGAGCAAGUAUACAUAAGAGUCGCUCUAUUCUUCAUCCGGGAAUACAAGUCCCUCUCUAUCCUUACCCGCGCCAGCGGCAUCUCUAGCGACGUAUCCCGGGCUCAGCGCAAGUAUAAGCUUGACUUUUUACCGACGUGGGUUCCAAACUGGUGCGACUUCACCGUCACAGAAAAGCAUACUGCCAAAAGCCUCUCCUGGCUGUCUCAUCCAAACUACGAAAACGCGACCACGACUUUGUGCUUUCUUGAACACUAUAACGCUUCAUUGGGACGUUUCGCAGAGUUGGUCGAGCCCUUAAAUGAGUCGCUUCUGCGGCUGAGAGGCAUCAAGGUUGACACCGUCGACAAGACAACUCCAUUCAAUUCGUGCGGAAGGAGCUGUGAGGACUCUCUCCUACAGUUCUUGGAGAUUGCGCUACAGUUUCUACCAAGGAAUAGAGACAGAAACACCCUCACGGACUGGAUAGCGUCCUGGAUUAAGGCUACCACAGCUGAGCAGUACCAUCUCGGCGGGAAUACAGCGCAGCAAAUUCUUAGCGACGGCUCCGCGUUCCUUUUUAAUAACUUGCGCAGCUAUAAACAUAUACCGCUAUGUUUCAUGCCUCAAAACAACAUUGGGGAGAUUAUGGAUCUCUUGCGGGAGCUUUCGACAGGAGGCAAUCCCGAGUCCUAUAUCUCGCUGGCUACCAAUUUCUGCUUUAACAGAAAUUUUAUUAUUACUUUAGGGGGGCGUAUGGGCAUUGCACCACAGGCCACCCGGCGGGAAGACCUUGUCUUUGUUAUCUUUGGGGGAGGAGUGCCUUAUAUUAUCCGGAAACAGAGGGGGGAUUCCCUUUUUGUCGGCGAGUCGUACAUCGAUGGACUCAUGCGCGGUGAGGCAGUUUAUGCGUGGCAGCGAGGCGAGAUGGAGAAUGAAAUACUAGAGCUACGAUAA